UACAACAAGUGAUGAAGCAUGUUCAACCAUCAGCGAUGCAACAGUUUGCACAUGUGUCUACUGGACAAGCGGUUUCUCAACCAGGGCAAGUGGUUUUGGCGAAAUCCUCGUUGCAGACGCGAGUAAUUCCGGUCGCGUCAGCUGCCUUGAAACAAACGAUUCAAGUCGUGACCGCAAGCAGCGCGCAAUUGCGACAAGCUGCGCCUGCCCAAGGGAAACCAAUUGUCACAACUGCGAGAGGUAGUCCGGGGCCUAGUCAAGUUAGAUUACAGACUAUCACGCAUUCUGUUCACCCCCAACAAGUACAACAGCAACAGCAGCAGCAACAACCACAAACUCAACAAGAUGCUCAACCGAAGUGAAUGCGCUUGAUAAUUGUUUCUCGUGUCGAUUAAGGAUUAUGAUGUUGUUUGUUCAA